AUGUCAAACCUUCCCGAUUCGACACACUACCCAGACACCGAGGAAGGGAAUACUGUCGAUUAUGAACAUUGUCUCGGUAGAUAUAACGACCUUGUCGCUAUCGCACACACCCAUCCUCAUCUGACCUUUCCUGAUGAUCCCUUGAUCGAUGAAAGCAAGGUACAGUACAACCGACCUUCCAUUGACAUGUUGAACGGGAUGAUGGAGGCCAACCGACGGUUCAUUGCGCGUCUCAAUACCAAAUUUAAACCGCCUUCGUAUCUCUCACGGCUUGGUUUCAGUGUUGAUACACUCGUAAGUGAAUUAAGAGAUGAGGAUCUGGUUAAAGAUAUGGUAGCAAGUGCGGUAACGGGAUCCGGAAUGAGUCAAACCGAAGCUCAAUCUACGAUUGAUGAUGUCAUUCAAACUGUUGAAGGUGUUAGAGAUAACGAUAAAGCAAGGAUGACAACUGCGUCCAUCGAGGAGUUUGAGAUGGUCUCUGAGCUGCUGGAGAAAAGCGGAAAAGAUAACAGCCUACUAAAUCUAAUCAAGAGUACUUACCGCUUCCCAACAGACAAGAUCAAGUCGUUUCGAACCAUCAUUGAUGUCAUUCCGCCUCCGGGUCGAAAAGAUUCUGAAAUGGACUACUCGGACGUAUACAACGCGGACCUCGACAAGACUUUGAAAGGAAAUUGCAGCAAGUUGCGAAGUGGUCUAAUUAGCCUACAGAACUUCGUACCCGGCACUCAAUAUGUCGGGACCCCUUCGUCCAUGAAUAUGCAAGAAACGAUAUCGAACAUCAAACAACGUGCAACCAAUCGUAAAGCAGAGCUGAAUGAUGUCACAGAGGUGUUGGAUCAGAUCACGAGCGAUAACUCGAUUUAUCACAAUCUAUGCGAAAGCUCGAAGUUAGCCAGGAAGCUUCUGAAAUCCCAAGCUUUCGAGGAUUGGCAUUCGUACGAGAAGGAUGCAAGUGAAAAAGUCGUCAACGAAGAACAGCGAACCCUAACGAGAUGGUUCCUAGAAGACCUUGAGAAUCCUAGUAUUUGCACGGUAAAGUCAUACUUGUCGCCUCAAGUAAAAGAGGGUCUAGAGUAUCUUAGAGGAGUUAAUUAUCAGAGUCGUGGAGCGGUGCAGAGUAUUUAUACUUUGAUGAACAAGGCCAGUAAGGUGUAUACGGACAGCCUGGCCACCCACACGGAGUGGUCGUGUAUAUGA